CAUGGCGGCACUACAGUGCGUGGCGCUCCUAUCGACCAUGUGCGGGACUGCAGUUGCCUUUCGACCCAACAGAUUGAGCGCCUCUUCAGCCCAGGACUACACCCACGAGGACCUGACCAGAGAAGCCGUUCUGAAGGUCGUGGCCAGGUUUCUGGAGGAGAACCCAGAGCCCGGGAGCAAAAUCAGGACCCGUCGCGAGGUGAACAGUGACGUCACGGUUCUGUCCUACAGUGUCACCAGCUCCGGGCCCAGAGACCACGACCUUCCCGUGGACGAGGCUCUGCUGGAGAUGGUCAUUACCAUAGAAAGUUCGGUGGAGUUGCCGUCGUGUACCCUAUUCACACCCUCAGGUAACGUCGCUGACUCGGCCAUUGUUGAGGUUAUCCUGAACAGUGGCGGGUACAAAGUGGUGAAGGUUGUCAGCCCUGCCGCCGGACUGUGGCGACUGCACCUGAACGAUGCUCAGGCCUACAGCGUAGAAGUAGCAGGGAAAAGUGUCAUGGACUUCUCUGCUGAGUUCACUGACCUGAGAGCCGGCAUCCCCAUUGACGGGAGACCGAUAGCAGGAGUUGACUAUGUGCUGGUUGUGAGAGGAACCGGUUUGGGGAAUGCGGGAAGCGUGACCUCGGUAACGCUGCGUGACGUGACAGGCACGGCCCUUACAACGGUCAACCUUGCGGAGAGCAUCUUCAUGGGGGAGGCUGUCUACACCGCUACCGUUACAACUCCUAACCAAGUAAUGGUGGUAUCUCACUGCACUUGGGGCACCGGUGCAGCACUGCGGGGUUCGAAACGUACUCAAAAAAUUUCAGAGAUAAAUUUUCAAUAUUAUCUUUUUACGUAUUACGCAAUAUCAAAUCAUACCAAAGUUCGAAACACAACGUUAACAGUGCCGCGGUGA